GGGAGAGCGAUAUAGUGAAAAAGCAGGGUCCGGCGGAGAGUGGAUAUAGUGAAUGCGGUCCGGGGAGAGCGGAUAUAGUGAAUGCGGGUCCUGGGGAGAGCGGAUAAGUGAAUGGCGGGGGUCCGGGAGAGCGGAUAUAGUGAAUGCGGGGCUGCGUCGGACUAUAGUGAAUGCCGGGGAGGGGAGAGCGGAUAUAGUGAAUGCAGGGUCCGGGGAGAGCGGAUAUAGUGAAUGCGGGGUCCGGGAGCGGAUAUAUGAAUGCAGGGUCCGGGGAGACCAGAUGAUAGUGAAUGCAGUCUGGGGAGAGCGGAUAUAGUGAAUGCAGGGUCCGGGGAGAGCGGAUAUAGUGAAUGAAAGGUCCCCGGGAGAGGGAUAUAGUGAAUGCAGGGUCUUGGGUAGAGCGGUAUAGUGAAUACGGGUCCGGGGAGAGCGAAAUAUGAAUGCAGGGUCCCCGGAGAGCGAUAUAGUGAA